AUGGCUUCAAACACGCAGGAUGCGUUGACAUUUGACCCACGUACAGCCCAGCCUGCUCCUGACGUCCAAGAUCUUAAUCUCAAAAAGUUCAAGCUCUUGCACUGGUCAGAAGGUGGCCUGGGCAGCACCGGCGUGUUCUUUGUCCUUGGUGAUUCCGGGUGGUUUGUGAUGAAGCCGGUAAUGACCACCACGGCCGGUGAAGUGUAUGGUGCUCUUUUGGGUCCCAAGAUUGGUGUUUCCUGCCCCGAACUUGCGCCUUGCCCGGACUACAGUGGCCAGGAGGAGCUCAUCACCAGGCUCUCGUUCACCCGCAUGACCAAUCCUGGCGAUAAGCCGCGUCUCAAAAAUGAUCGUGUCAACGGCUUCACCAUCAUGUCAUAUGUGCCGGGAAUUCCUCUGGCCAGUUGCGCCAUGUUGGUGUUGCCGGAGCAAUCUGGUCCUCAAAUUUUACAAGAUCUUGGCCACAUGAUGGUGCUUGACCUCGUCAUCAACAACCAUGAUCGCGUUCCCCUCGCUCACCAUAACAGCGGCAACCUGGCGAACGUCAUGCUCAAAGGAGAUGUGUCCAAGCCAACCAACGACUUUCGCGCCGUGAGCAUUGACCAAGGGGCAAUUGUGAUCAACCACGAUGAUAUGCUGCAAAAGUAUCGUGAAGACUUGCGACAAGUCACCAUCGACAUGAAGCAGGAAAAUUAUACCAGCCAAGCUUUCGACCGUGUGCGCAAGUGCUUUGUGGACGGCGCUGGCCACGAGCUGACGAAGGACCAACUCAAAUCCAUGCGCGAAGGAUUCAGCAAAGGCAUCGAGGAACUUCAAAUCGUUGAGGAUUCCCAACCCAAACUGUAUGAAGAAACACUCGCUCAAACAAAGGCAAUCUUGGGUGGCACGGGUCGCGUGCUGGCAUGUGGCUUGGACCAUCUGGACGCCAACUUUUUCCGUGGCAACGCGCUCGUCGUGUUGGAGGCAUGGGACUCGGCGUAG